AUGGCGCCCCAAGAAGACUCCGUCAACUUCGACAUUAUCGAAUCCCACAAAGAGAACAUCCAAGCCCUCCCCAGCGGUCGCUCCGCCCGCAAGCUCGUGGAACUCUUCUCUCCUUCACAAGGCGCCAGCAGCUCUAGGCAAGCACUCGCACCACAAUUAACACCGACCCCGAACCCUACUGAAGUCAAGUCCGUCAAUGACGCCAUUCGCGCCGAAUACGAAGCCGAGCUGGCCGCCUUCAACCCUGAAGAACAAGAUGAUCCCCUCGACAUAUACGACCGCUACGUUCGCUGGACUCUCGAUGCCUACCCGUCCGCCUCUGCCACACCGCAGUCACAGCUGCAUCUGCUACUCGAGCGCGCCACCCGCGCCUUUGUCGGCAGCGCCCAAUACCGCAAUGAUGCACGCUACCUGAAGAUGUGGCUGCACUACAUCCGCAUGUUUAGCGAUGCGCCCCGCGAGGCGUUCGUCUUCCUUUCGAGACACCAGAUCGGCGACCAGUUGGCGCUGUACUACGAGGAGUUCGCCGCGUACCUGGAGGGCGAAAGGCUCUGGGCGCAGGCUGAAGAGGUUUACAAGAUGGGCAUUGAGAAGGAGGCCAGGCCGGUAUCAAGGCUGACGAGGAAGUUUGGCGAGUUCAAGCAACGACGCGCGGCACUUCCCGAAGGUGCGGAGGAUCAGAGCAAUAGCGUUCCCGUCCUGCCGGUGGUCAGAAAGGCGCUGGGCGUCAAGUCAGAUCCGUUCAUGGCUGCGGGCGUGGAGAGGUUGCCUCGGGAUCCCCAGGCGCCGAGACCGAAUAUGGGCGUUGGAGGAGCUGCUGCUGCAGGACCGUCGAAGCCGAAGAGUAAGCUGGCGAUCUUUUCGGAUGCGGAUGCCGCUGCGCAACAACCGGCGCUAGGCUCUCUGGGUGCUGGCUCGAAGGGGUGGGAUAGUAUUGGGAGCUUGUCUGAUCGGAAGAAGGAGAAUACCUUGGAGCCGAAGCCGUGGGCCGGCGAGGUGCUCAAGGCUGGUGGACAGAAACCUGCGCAAAAGAUGCAGGUAUUUAGGGAUACGACCAAGAAGACUACUACGAAUCCUAUGAUGACGAUGAACAAUCAACAACUUUCUCAAUCGCAUAUUCCAAUACACCACUCUCAGUCCCAGGUGACGGUGAAUCCGGUGACGGGUAAGCGGGAGCGGGUAUUCGUUGACCUUAGAGUGAUCUACCCGACGCCCGACGAGCCCGGUACGGAGUUGAGUUUCGAAGAGAUAUGGGCUGCUCGAAGAGGCUGGCUAGAUGUGGUUUGGGAUGACGAGAGAAAGAAGAGACCACUGGAUGCGAUGUUGACCCCAAGAAGGGGCGAAAACAUGGAAGACUUGACUCUGGAGAUGGCGUCGACGAUUGUGGCCUAUCAUGAUGUUCUGAAACUGGAUGAAAACGGGAAGCCCAUCUACCCCGAACACAAGGCUGGCAGAAGUGCGAAGAAGAAAAAGAUGAUCGAGGUGAACCAAACACAGAUCAUCAAAGUCAAGCUGGACUCCCCCUCUGGACGGCCAAAGAUGAAGAAGAGGGGCUCGACAUCAGAACCGACUAUGACGCUGCACACGAAGGCAGCGACAGAUGACAUCUACGACAUUUUCAACGCUCCGAUUAAACCUGCAGCAAACCCCAGUUUGAGCGGUGACGAGAAUCGCUACGAUUCGGAUGACUAUACCUGUGGUGUGGACGACACUUCCAGAAACCUCGCGACCAGUGAAGUGGGAGAUGAGAUCACAGUCGUGGAGGCUGUCGAAGAAACGGAUGUUGCAGACGAGGACGACGACGUUAAGAGCGAGUGGUCCGACUUUACAGCGCGAAAACACAUUCCAGAUUACCAAGGAGGCGGUGACGAAGACCACGAGAUGACGGAUGUUUUGGACGAAGAACUCGACGGCCAACCUGAAACCUCCCAUUCACAGGUCAACCACAACAGGUUUUCAGACGAAAACUCGCGUCAGAGUGGACAUCCCUUUGCCCAACAACCCCUACCCGCAACUGAAGAAUCUUUUGCUAGAAAUAGGAGCCUUUUUGUACCAGUCCCUCCCGCAGACUACGUCCCGACAAGGAGGCCGUAUCGAGAUCCGGUAGAAAUGGCUAACAACCGCCUGCCCUUCAUGACGCCCAUCACAGAAAGGACUGAGUUCUCGUCUAUCGACGUUACCUAUCACCACCCAAACAUGCAUCACCCUAUUCUCACCAAGACCCCGUCUAAGGCACCCGGUCAUGAUCAUGAUCUGAGGGAUGACAUGUCGGUGGACGGUGAAGAGGAGGAAGACCAAUAUUCUGAGAAUGAAGAUGAGGAUAUGCUCGAGCCGGAGAGCAGUCCGCUGCGCGAGAUCCCCGAGGAAGACGAGGAAGAGGAGGAACCGCAAAAGAAGUUUUCGCCGAUUCCGGUCUUUCAUGACCAACCAGUCGCGCCCAGAUCACCUCUCGCCGUAAAGUCGGUUACCACAUCACCUCCGACACACCUAGCGGUCUCUCCUCUCGCGCCCAGGCUUCCAGGUCCUAUUAUCAAAGAGCUUCAGUGCAACCCCGUCGACGACCUCAUCCGCAAGAAGAUCCUGGCCAACAUUUACCCUCCUCUCACCUCGUACGAGGGCUUCUACGACCACCGCCACGAGAAGUUCCGCAAGGGUGCCGAGAUCCGCAAGUUCGCUCAAGCCCAGUCCGCGGCUAGCAAACGCGGUCGGAAGAGCACCUCAGCCGACAAGCGCGAUUCCCUGAACGAGCCGCAUCCUAUUACGUUGCAGCUCCCUGGCAAUCCCAGCACCAAUUACACCAUCAAGAAGGAACUCGGCGCCGGUGCCUAUGCGCCCGUCUACCUAGUCGAGAACUCCAAGCCCACCAGGACCGCCCCGCAAACCGUCGGUUAUGGCUAUGGACAGCAAAGGAACGACGAGAAUAACAACCUCCCCGCCCACCUCAUCCGCGCACCCCGCGAAGCCCUCAAGAUGGAACAACCCCCGACAGCGUGGGAAUUCUACAUGAUGCGCAUCUCGCACACGCGCCUGCUCGCCGCCAACACCCCGCUCCACACGCGCGCUCUCGCCUCCCUCAGCCCGGCCCUCGAGCUGCACCUCUACCAAGACGAAGGCUUUUUGUUCUUGCCCUUCUUCCAGCACGGCACCCUGCUGGACGUAAUCAACCUCUUCCGCUCCGAGUCCUCGGGCGUAAUGGACGAGCAACUGGCCAUGUUCUUCACUGUCGAGCUGCUUCGGGCCGUCGAGGCCCUGCACUCAGUGGGCAUCAUGCACGGCGACGUCAAAGUCGACAACUGUCUCCUCCGCCUGCCAACGAACACGGAUAUACUACCUACUAAUCAGUACCACGCCGACGGCAGCGGCGGAUGGGCCGCGCGCGGGCUGAUGCUCAUCGAUUUCGGUCGCGGCAUCGACUUCAAGGCCUUCAGCGAAGACGUGCAGUUUAAAGCGGACUGGAAACCUACGGCGCAGGAUUGCGCGGAGAUGAGGGAGGGCAGGCCUUGGACGUGGCAGAUUGAUUAUCAUGGUCUGGCGGGCGUGGUGCACGCGCUGCUGUUUGGGAAGUACAUUGAUACGGUACCCUGCGGCUCCAGGUCGUUCACAACUCAUGGAAGUGGUGGCGGGAAUGAUCAGAAGAGGUACAAGAUUAGGGAGAAUCUGAAGAGGUAUUGGCAGACGGAUAUUUGGGGACAUUGUUUUGAUUUGUUGCUGAAUCCGGGAAGCUAUGUGGAUGAGGAAGACGGACAGCCGGGAAGAUGA